UUAGAGUGUGUAUCGAGACGAAUCAGAAGAGUCAGACAGAAGCUCAGUUUUUAGCUGCUGCAGGUUAAAAAUUGAAUUUUCUAAGUCACCGUUUGCCAAAACUUUAAGUUUCAAAUUUCUUAGUAGUUUUACCAUAAAAACUAUACAUUUUCUAAAUUUGUGCUUUGAGUGAAGUGCGAUUGUGCUAUUUUACCGGUUUCGCUAGAACGCGUGAAAAAAAAUUCAAGAUGGCUUUCAAUCAGAAAAAUCCUCCAUGGCAGCGUAAUACCGGGCAAAAUAUUGCAGGAAUGCAGACCAUAGUUAGUUUUCCGCAAGGUCAACCGGUGUUCAAUCAAAAUUUAGGAAUACAGCAACAGCUCUUACCUCAGAUGGGCCUACAACAGCAACAAAUUUAUUCAACAGCGGUUCAAUAUCCCACCUCAAGGCAGAUCAAUACAAUGCCUUUCCAAACGCAGCAACAGUCUGCUCAAGUCAGUGGUUCAUCAAAAUUUAACCCGAACCAACGAGUCUUUAGUGGAACUGGACAUGUAACGAAGACUCAGAAUGACUUUGGAUUUAUCGACGAGGAAGUUUUUUUCCACAAAAACGUAUGUAAGGGUUCUUUCCCUAAGAUCGGAGAUCGUGUACUUGUCGAAGCUUCGUACAACCAGAACAUGCCGUUUAAAUGGAACGCAACCAGAGUGCAGGUGCUACAAUCAGCUUCUUCGAGCUCAACAAGUAGCUCUCGUCAUGUAUCGAGCUACUCUUCUGGUCAAAAUUCCGGUAGUCGUAAUCGUUAUUCUCCCUCAAGAAAGUCUCCUGAACGACAUGGCCAUCGCUCUUCCAAUCACGAUUCCCGCUCUCGUGAUGAUGAUGAAGAUCGACGGCGACGCCGUGAUGAUAGCGACCGCUAUCGUGAAAAGCAAAGGGAUAGAACACCAGACCGCGAUCGUCGCGAUAGAGAACGCAGUCCGCUUCGAAAACUAUCUCCGAAGCGUAGAAAAGUUCGACCAAUUCCACGAUAUAUGGUCCAGAUGCCAAAACAAAUUCUUACGCAAAAAAACGUAGACAUUCUCGAGAUACGGCGUCGCUAUCACACAAUGUAUAUUCCAUCGGACUUUUUUACGGCUGAUAUCCGUUGGGUUGAUGCAUUUCCACCCAAUGAACCCUUUACAAUUCGCAAGCCAUGCGCUUUCCAUGUUAUGCAUAAGGAAGUAGAGCCUCUGCAUUCAAAUGAUCUUGAUCUAGAACCUGCCGAUGCAGAUUACUUGUACAGCGCUAAAGUUAUGUUGAUGGGUACACCGCCCAUGAUAGAUUUUUACGACAGAUGCUUCUCAACUGCAGAGGACCGCGACCGCUAUGAAGAUGAACGUGAUUAUGUACAUCCAACGAGGUUGAUUAAUUUCCUUGUUGGAAUACGUGGCAAAAACGAAACUAUGGCUAUCGGCGGACCGUGGUCACCGUCUCUAGAUGGAGAUAAUCCCCAUUCAAAUCCAAAUGUAUUGAUCAAAACAGCUAUACGAACAUGUCUUGGAUUGACCGGAAUCGAUCUCUCGAAAUGCACUCGCUGGUACCGUUUCGUGGAGCUCUAUUAUCGUCGUUCAGAAACCUACCACAAGGGUCGUUUGAUUCCAGCGCGUAUCGAAACGGUGGUUAUCUUUGUGCCCGAUGUACGUUCCUGUCAGCCGACAGCCGCAGAGUGGACCGAUCUUCACCUUAGUUACAAAGCACACCUGGAUCGCAUAAUCAACAGUGAUCCUGAAAAUUCCGAUAGUUUGGUUCCAGUUGUCCCUGAUGGAGCAAAUUCAACGAUUGGGUCGGAUGAAAAAACUAAAUCCCCUACGGCAGUUUGUGAUCCAGCUUCACCUGAAGUCGUCGUUGUUACCGAUGCUGUUGAUAAGAAAUGUCCAUCGCCUGUUCCGGAGAAAGACAUCAGUACCAGCAAGGAAGAAGCAUCUUCAACUAGCAAGGACGUUCCACAAACAGCAGCUGCUGACACGAAUGAAAAGGAUAAAAAGGAAGAGGAUGAAGUUAUUACUAUCGACAGUCCUGCUGAAUCACCUGGCGUUCCAACAAAUUUUGCGUUGCUUGAUGUGAAAAAAAUGAAGGUAGUCGAUUUGAAGGCUGAAUUAGAGGCCCGCAAACUUUCUACUGAAGGUGUCAAAAACAUCUUGAUUGCGCGACUUACUAAAGCGUUAGACGAAGAAAAAUCUUCAGCUGAAGCUGCAAACGUAGAAGAUGAGCCGGAACCUUCAAAGCCCGAAUCUAUAGAAGAACAUAAGCCUAAAAAAGAUUUGAGCGAAAAACAAGCUGACAAAGCAGGGACAGAGGAAGAGUUCGAAACAAUGGAGAAUGUCGAUAUGUCUGAAGUAACGGUAAUCGAUGAGUACGACUCAACUAAAUCAGAAGAAAAAUCUAAUGAUGAACCAUCUAAAAAAGUUGAGAUCCCAAAAUUAACAGAAAAAGAACGGCUUCUUCUGGAAAAACGAUAUUCACUUCCAGAUCAACCGCAUAUUAUUGUUCAUCCUUCGCGAACAGCAAAAUCUGGAAAAUUUGACUGCGCCGUAAUGUCACUGUCUGUGUUGUUAGACUACCGCCCAGAGGACUCCAAGGAACAUUCAUUUGAAAUUUCUUUAUUUGCUGAACUUUUCAACGAAAUGUUGACCCGAGACUUUGGAUUUAAUAUUUUUAAAGCCCUUCACAAUUUGCCUGGUAAAAAGGAUGAUGAUUCUAAAAAGGCAUCUAUUAGUAAAGACACCAAGGACGUCGAAGAUGAAAAAAAGACUAAUGGUGAUGGGGCUACAGAUAAAGACUCAGACGAUGAAGUAAAGAUUGUGAAUGAUGAUAAAGAUGAUAAAGAAAGGGCUAAAGAACGCGAACGUAAACGUUCGCGUUUCAAUGAUGGAGAUGAAGAUGAUCAGCGGCGGAAGGAGAAAGAAAAAGUCAGAACUAAAUAUUUUACAGCUGACCGCGAUUUAUUGCUUUCCUUUGUGUAUUUUGACGUUAGCCAUUGCGGCUAUAUAUUCGACAAAGAUGUAGAAGAUUUGUUUUAUACAAUUGGAUUGAAUUUAUCCAGAUCACAAAUCCGUAGAAUGGUAUCGAAAGCUGUUACCAGAGACUCAUUAUAUUAUCGUAAACUUACUGACAAACCCAUUGAACAAAAUAUGGAAGAAACAAAAGAAGAAUCGAAAACCUCAGAAGCUUCCGACAGUAAUGUGAAAACUGAAAACAAAGAAAUUGGAGAAGAAACUGAGAUGGCUAAGAGUUUAGCUAUUGGUAAUUGCAAUUACGUCGAGCAACUUAAAGAUAAUCUCGAGCUUGUCUUGAAAAAAGAUUUAUCAAACGAAGAGGAUGCUCCAAUGGCUAAGAAGAUCAAAUUAGAACCAGCAGAAGAUAAAAUUCCGGAAACACAAAGCGGUUUGGUUGUACACAAGGGAGCUGUUAUCGAUAUUUCCAAACUACUUGAGCAGAUGCGGCAAUCAGAAAAAAGUCGUGAGGACACAAGUAUUUUGCUUACCGAUAUUCGCCGUCAAAAUGCCGAUCUUCAAAAGAAUGCCGGACGUGCAAACGAAAAGAUCAAAGAUCAAUCAUCAGACAUCAAAACUUUAACAAAAAAAUUGAUUGAGGCUGAACAAAAUUUGAGAGAUGUAACGAAAAAAUCGAAUGAAUACUUUUCAACUCUGUCCAAUGUAUACGAUCGUGUUAGUGUUAUUGUUCACCGCCCGGAGAGAAAGCGCUCUACAUCUAUAUCUUCCUCUAGGCGUGGAAAUUCACGUGAUCGUAAUAGUCGCAAAGAUAGUAAACAUGAUAAGGAUCAAGAGUCACAGAAAGAUAUUACUGUUGAAGCAACAAAAUCAGAAGAAUCAAUAUCAACCAUGGACAUCACUCCAUCAACUGUUGUUAGCGGCGAUUCCAAAGAAUGCAUUCCUAAUAAAAAUUCUGAGGAAGAUUCUAAUGGAAGCGAAACAGCCGUUGUGCCAGAUCCCAAAAAGGUACAGGAGCAGAAGAAAGAAUAAAUCAUUGAAACACUCAAUUUAAUUUUUCAUCAUCUUUUAUGUAUUAUGAUACAUACUAAUUCAAAUAAAUAUUCUUCGUAAUUCAA